AUGGCUCGUACCAAGCAAACUGCCCGCAAGUCGACUGGUGGUAAGGCUCCCCGUAAGCAGCUCGCUACGAAGGCAGCGAGGAAGACUGCGACCGCUGUGCGUCGUUUCCUUAUCGUCGUCAAGCUCUCAGCUCACAGGGUUGCCGCCACCGGAGGUGUCAAGAAGCCCCACAGGUUCCGACCCGGAACGGUCGCCCUCCGUGAGAUCCGGCGGUACCAAAAGUCCACCGAGCUCCUAAUCAGGAAGCUCCCCUUCCAACGCUUGGUCCGUGAGAUUGCUCAGGACUUCAAGACCGACUUGCGCUUCCAGUCUUCGGCCGUUAUGGCCUUGCAGGAGGCUGCUGAGGCUUAUCUCGUCUCCCUCUUUGAGGACACCAACUUGGCAGCUAUCCACGCAAAGCGUGUUACCAUCCAGCCAAAGGAUCUGGCUCUUGCUCGCCGUCUCCGUGGGGAGAGAUCUUAA